UCUCAAUCAGUCUAACUUUUUCCAGACUUGAGCAGCUGGCCGGGGAAGCCCUCAGCGGAGAGCUGAAGCUGUAGAAUUGGAACACGGCCGAGGCGGUUGGGUUACCAGGGUUUCUGCUCGCCUUGUUUUCCUUCAAAAGCACAAGUCCAAACAAAUGCGAGCAGAUGUUAACUUUCCAACUCUCCUAACGGAUUUCCAGGCGUUUGUUUUUCGACGCUUUGCUCUCUGCUUUAUCCAUUAACUCACCACAGGGACACAGGAAUAUCGGGAACAUCCACGUCACUGACAGUCGGUCGGUGCUUGUUCAGCCUCAAUGAAGUCAGGAUAAUACUCCACCUUCAUCACGGAACGUCCACUUCCCUGUCCGAAUGGCGGAGAUGGCUGGGCUGGGCUCAGACGAGGGAGCGACAGGCCUGGGGGAGGUGGACUGUCAGUUGGAGAUUGAGAGGAAGUAUGAGGUCAUCCCUGCUGUCAUCUGCUCCAUGUGCUGCCUCUUUGGAAUUAUCUACUGCUUUUUUGGAUACCGCUGCUUCAAAGCUGUCAUGUUCCUCUCGGGCCUGAUGUUCGGUUCCGUCAUUAUCUUCUUGCUGUGUCAUAAAGAGCGAGUGCUGGACACGCAGCUGAGCGUGGAGGCCAGUGCAGGGAUUGGUCUGGGCAUUGGGCUGCUCUGUGGCCUAGUCACCAUGCUGGUCCGCAGCGUCGGUCUCUUUAUGACCGGCCUCCUUCUCGGUCUCCUGCUCGCUCUUGCUGGCUUGUUGGUCACUCAACAGUUUUACACGCCAGGCACUGUUUGGGUUCCCUUGGGUGCUCUUCUUGGCGCAGGCAUGCUCUGUGCUGUUUUAACCCUUCAGUGGCAGAAGCUCUUCACCGUGCUCUCCACAGCAGUGUUUGGUGCAGCCAUCAUGACAGUGUGUGCCGAUUACUUUGUGGAGAUGCUGGCUCUGGUCUCUCACGUGUACGAAUGCCUGCGUCUGGUUCCCACCCCCAAACCCCUCUGCUGGUACAGCUGGGUCAUCCUGGGCAUCUGGCCCACGCUCAGCAUCAUGGGUGUGCUAGUGCAGUGGAAGCUCACGGCUGAAGGAUUUUCACACACAGAAGUUAUCAUCAGCAGAAGGCAGAAGAGAGUCCAACUCAUGAAAAUAAGACAGAAGGAUGCUAAAAAGCUCCAGCUCUCUGGCAGUCAAGAGGGAACAUAUCGUCGCAAACCAACUCCCGUAAAACGCUACGCUGGAGAUCUUCUAGCACCAAGCUACCUACAGAGUCUUCGGGACCGUCAGAUGGGAACAGGCACAUCUCUGAGCAGCCUGAGCACCACCAACCACACCGUAGUUGACUUUGACUAUGAGACUGGCUCCACAGUACCGCUCACAGCCACCACACCACCGGCUCGCUCCUGAGUUCAACCGUCAGAGACCACAGCACUAACAGCCUGAGCACAGUAGCAUGGUACAUCGCAGUGAGGGUCAAUAAAAGAUUCCGACAAUAGUGACAUUUAUCAGGAUACACGUUUAGUCUAUACUGUGGGAAUCUGAAAAACGCUAGAACUUGGCGGCAGAUUGAACUGUGCAUAGAUAUGUGUUUAUAACAUUAGUUUUGUUCUUCAUUUGUCAACAAACUGGUUUAACAGUAUUUAUUGUUCUAUCGCUCAGCCCCUAUUUUAGAACUUCCUUACUUUUACCAUCAAUCUAAUCCAAAUUUUAAGUUUGCCAUCUUCACCCAGCCAGUACUGCUUCAGUUUAAUAUAGCUGUUAUGACUUCUGAAAGGGGAAGCCAACCAACGUUUUGAAAUUUCUGUGUAAUUUAAUGCUUGAGAAGUGAAGAAAGUCAUUCAGAGUGGUUUUAUGUGAGAUUGUAGAGUCAGAUUUCUCUGUAGUGGUGGUGAUGGGAAUGUUUACAGUGCAAAUAUAGACAUGUCUACUGAGCUUUUAUAUGGAAUGUAUGUUUUCUUUCUGGACUAUUUUGCCUCACAACACCCUGCAUGUACCCCUCCACCAUUGAUGUGUUUAGGCCAAAAUUAUGAAGACUUUCAUAAAACAGUGUCUCAGCCAUCCGGCAGUGUAUUCAUAAGCAUUUCAUGUAAUAACUUUCUGUGAGGGAGCUUUUAGAGGUGGACGUCUGGUUCCUGGCACCACCAUUCUGACUCAGUACGUUUCUCUAAAAAGAAGCAUUUCACACACAACCACUCUGAAUGAUUCUGUUUACAUCUUAACUGAUUCAUUAUGCAGAAAAUGCAGUAGAAUUCCCAUUAAAAAAUUUUUUUACGUAGCAUACAAGGUCUUAAGGAUAAUGUGAUGUGAAGACAUGUGAACGAGUGAAAUGUGACCGAUGUUGACACUAGAGGUGUCCAUCUCUCAUAUUCUGCGUGAACAGCUGAUCUGUAGUGUUGAUUGGUAGAAGUAUCUUCUCGGUUCUCAGCAGUCGAUCUGGGAUGAGGUUAUUUGCUGUUAUUGCUCAGUAGCUUCAAACAUCAACAGAACAGCGUGAAGACGUGCAUGUGUAUGUGUGAGAUUUUUUAUUUUAUUUUAUUUUUUUUAUUUUUUAAACAUGAAUUGUACAAUUGUGUAUAAUUGAGUAACUGGCGUCUGGUGUUUCUACAGUCGGAUCCGUGUGAAUAGUUUUGUGAUUUUAUAAGGAUGCUGAGACUGAGAGCAGUUAGAUUUUCUCUUUCUAAUACAGGACUGUCUUUUUACCUGUAGUUGUGUGUAAUUUUAUUUGCUCAUAUGUGUUUCUAAUACUCAUUUUCAUUCUUGUACACUAUAGGAGUGCCUUUUCAGUGCUGUGCUGCGCACUACUAAACAUUCUGUAAACUAAAAUGCCUUGAGAUUGCUGGAUGUCAGAGAGCCUAUACAGACUGAAGCAGACUUUUGAGUGCACUUAAACUUCUAUUAAUCAGUGCCUUGUGGUGAAAUUGAGAAUUUUGUAGUUUGCAUUCUGGUUCUGCUACAUGAGAUGCAAAAACCCAUUGUGUAAAACCCGUUGUGUGUUCCGUCAGUGCCUUAUUACUUUUCGUUUACCAUCUGUCAUUUGAGUCACUGUUACCAAGUAAAGCACACUCAAAAUGCCCUUGUUGCUUUCUUAAAGACAAUGACAUGAAUCUGAGUUUCUAUAAAUAUGUUUAUAAAAACUUCUGAAGUCUAUAAACCA